AUCAGAUGGUGAUUCGGAUGCAGUAGCGCACUUUCAAAUCUACUCGUGAUUUUAUCUGGUUGUUAUCAAACAUGUCGGGUGGUUAUCCAGUUUUAGAACUCUCAGCAGAGGAUCUGCGCCUAAUGCUUGCAGCUCACGUUCAUGUGGGGGAGACUAGUAUGAAUUUCCAAAUGUCAACAUAUGUCCAUGGGUGUACCAAAGAUAAUUAUCACAUAAUUAAGUUGGAUAAAACAUGGGAAAAAAUCCUUCUAGCAGCUCGUGCUAUUGCGGCGAUUGAUCAUCCGUCAAAUGUUUACGCAAUCGGAUCCAGACCGUUCACUCAGCGUGCUGUGUUGAAAUUUGCGAACUACACAGGAGCAACAGCAAUGGCUGGACGCUUCACACCUGGUACAUUCACCAACCAGAAGCAAUCUUGUUUCCGAGAACCCCGCCUUCUAGUUGUUAGUGACCCAAUGAGUGAUCACCAGGCUGUUUAUGAAGCCAAUUCUGUAAACGUUCCGCUUAUUGCAUUCUGCAACACUGACGUUCCUUUGUCACGUGUUGAUAUCGUCAUUCCGUGUAAUAACAAGUCAAGACAUUCUAUUGCCGUUGUAUGGUGGCUUCUCGCUCGUGAAGUUCGGCGCAUUCGUGGUGAAGAUACAAGAUUGCAUCAAUGGAGCGUAUUGCCUGAUUUGUUUCUUUAUCGUGAUCCAAACGAGGAAGAGCAAAAUGCUGAAGAAGUUGAUGAUGCUAGAUUGGAACCCGCUUUGCCAGCUCAUAUACGAUUCAAUAAGUGUGAAACUAUGUGGUUAAACAUAUAGCAGGUUUUAAGGCGAUUUGACUAAUAUUGAAAUCUGAUUAAGUCUCAGAUUCACGAGCUUGAAUAAUUGCUGUUCCUGCUUUUUGUCGCGAUUCGUGGCUUUGAGCACCGACUGACACGUAGAUUUUAAGUUAUGUCGCCGACAGUUAACUGUCAAGCUGUUAAGAAAAGUAUGCUCUCUACCGUAUUAAAAAAAUCUGUUGCAAUUUAUGUAAUAUCCCAGCUGUUGUUAGUUCCUACUAUGGAAUGAUGUCGAUUAAUGCUACUACAGUAGCUGUGAUCGUGUAUCAUAGUAAAUGAUUCAACUUGUUGGUUAUUCAAUGGUUAGCUGAUAAUCAAUAGACUUAUUAACUUCUGAAUCCUGAAGUGCUUGUAAAUCUUUUUCUGGAAUUAGCGGGAUGUAAGCAUGUCACAACGUUAUUAUCAAGUUUCAGUGAUUAUUUUGAUUCUAAUAAAGAGAAUAGAUCUUGUUUGUGUCGUCAUACGGGAUCUUUAUGAUGGCAGGCUGGUUACUUGUUUGCAAUGUUUGAGGUUCAGUCAAACUCAAUUGUUUAAAGCACGUAGGUAGAUUGAAGUAGUAGAUACCAACUAACUUUCUAAUAGUUUUGACAGCUACUGAAUGGCAAUGUAGUGGUUUCUAUGUCUUGGUUGGCAAUGAUUGCAACAUCACUUUGUCUGGACAAUUGGUAACCUGACAUUUGAUGAGUAAAAACACAAUGCUCUCGGAAUUUUCAAUUACCAUACCGUUCCGCAAAUUCCUAAACGUCUCUGAAGCUCAGCAAUAUAUACGUAUCUCUCACCACGUCUAAAUGUUGUCCGAUUAUAACUAGGUCAAUAACGGAAAGCUAGAAAAAAAUUCAAUCGAAUAAUGAUAACCCCAAAAUUCUAUCCUAAAGACUUCCACUAGGCACUUCUCAGCCAGACCGUUUUAAGCUUACUCAUACUCUCAGCUUUGCGUUCCAAUAAAAAUUCACUUUUUCCGAAAUUGCUUAUCUUGGUAUAGUAUAUGAAGCAGUUUAAGGCUACACGAGUAAAAAAACUAUCUAUAGGCAGCUUAUCAUCUUCCAGUGUUUAUUAACCCUCAUGUCACUGAUAGAUUUGAGCUAUGAAUGAUCUAUUCCAAAGCUGCUUUCUGGAUGAUACUAAGGUUUCAUCUAUACACUGAUAAAUCCUUAAAAACUAGUAUGGUGACUGGUGUUUACAUAUUUGCGCUCUUGUAUCUUACGUGGCUCUUUUUGCUUAAUUUUUCGAGCGACAUGUUAAGAAAGUUAACUAAACAAGUAUCGUGUUUGAUUUAGGAUGAGAUAAACCAAGGAUGCACUUGUUAUCUGAGUUGACAACUUGAGUGUGAGUACUUGGUCUAACAUAACAAGAGGAUGAAAAACGGUAUUACUUUCGGUACUACUAAUAUUUUCUAUUUUCGUUUACAUUGCAAUUACGCACAGCGUUACAAGUUAUCAUACUCAUGCUGGAUGCCAAACUUUUUACCCAAUUCGUAUUAUGUCAGUCGUUUGAAGGUAUGAGAGCAUUCGUCACUUUCUGGCUGCCCACACUGGAUGGCUAUUUCUGCUUGAAUGAAGAGGCUGCAUCAGUGGUGGUCUUAUUGAUCACGAGAUGUGACUAUAAUACCCAAAGAGCUACUUCUUGGGGACGGUCACACAGCCCUUUUGUGUGGAGAUUUUAAGGCGUUAGCUCCGUACUUCAAAAGUCCCUUACCUCAGAAAACUGAAAUCCGUGAGGUUAUGAAAAUAUAUCACAUUUUUGCAGUCAACUUUCUCUAGCCUAUUCUGAUGUAAGAAAACAGCAUCACCUCAAAUUCUAGUUAUCCAAAGGAAACAUCACUGAUGUCACGCCUGUACAAUCAGCAAUAUGACGUCACCCUCAAACCCUAAGUUGCUGCUUUUAGCUUUACUGUUCUCAUACUGCCCUACUUGGGAGUGCUAAAACCUAGAGAAACAUGUGUCCCAGCCAAUAAAGCUCAGUCGGAUCAUCACGAUAGGUGAGCCCGACCACCACGUUAGAGUAACAGCUACGUUUAAGCCGUAUUAUGAACUUAUGCGGGUUUUCUUAAUCUCAUUACUCCAGUCUUAGUUGAAAAAAAUGUUUCGUGAAAUGUAUUUUAAAAUCAAAGCUCCCCCGUUUUUGUUGUACUCAUUGUCUGUUAUUAUCACAAUUUUAGGGGCCGAUAUCGAAGCUGCAGAAACGUGGGGAGUUGAGCCAACAAUGCCUGUCGGAUCAUUAGGUGACAUGGGGAUUGCCGCUGCUGGUUACGGUCCUGUUGGUGGGACAGCAGGUGGUUGGAGUAAUUUAGAUGCCGAUCCAACAGAAACGUGGUAGUUGAGCAAUAUAAUCUAUGGAAAAGUACCUUUUGUUCUCUAUAAGGAUCACCUUGCCGUUAAAUUUGUCAAUUUGUGUAGUGUGCUACUUCAAAUCCAUAGGUCCUGGUACGGAUUCAGUCUCUUGUCAAUAGGCUCAGUAGGUCAAGUAGGCUGUGAGCAAAUUUAUACAAUUGUGUCGCCGUUCUUUCUACAUAUUCGUUUCUCAGGGGCAGAAUCUUGCUCUGAGGGUGAAG